CGGCAAUGGCCGACACUUGAUGGCCAGUCAGGGCUCAUCCUUUGCGAGGUUCACGUCGCGCGCAACCCUUCAUACACACAUCAUCAUAAAUUUUUUUUUUUGCAAACAAAAAAUUUGACUCAUCUUUUCAUUAAAAAAAAAAAACAACAAAAAGAAGCACUUUUUGACAAAAAUAAAUAGCAUUUAAUAAAAAGUAUUGUGUGCAUCAGAAUAUAUUUGCACAAACAAGAAAAACACAACUUGUUACAAGAUUCCACAGGGGUAACUGACCCUGCGCAACGAAACUCUCACCGGUGUGAAGUGCUUCGACCGGUUGGUGAAUUGUAUUACCUGGGCAGAAUUUGCAUCAUCUCAUAAAUGAGAAAAGAAAACCAUUGAAAAGUGAAAAAGAGAUUUUGAAAAACAUAUAUAUAUUUUUUUCUAGCUUGGUGACAAAAAAAAAAAAGGGGGAUUAAAAAGUUGUUGAGAUAAAUUUUUUCCCAAGGGAGUGGUUUUAGGAGAAAAAAAUUUUUUUUUUCUUAUCUCUAAACAAAGAAAUUUUAAAAUUUAUUUGGGACUAUAAAGUCCCUUGUGUUGAAUUCAGUAAGGAGAUCGAUAAACCGGUACGACGAUCGAGUCAAUAGGAUCGUGGAAGGCCGUGAGGCUUCUCCGACGCCUGGUGGGUGGUCGUGAUUGGUCAUUUCGUGCGGAUUUACAACAAGAUCCCCAAAACGGCAACCUCUCGUCAUCGUGGUUCUGCCGGGGCCCAGCAGUACGCCGGAAAAAAACGGGAGAAGGGGAGCCAGGAUCCGUGGGAUCCUCGACUUCCGCCAGGGCGUCUGGUGAAGAGAUGGAGGACAAGUCGUCCUCCAGGUUCUCUGAGUACCUUUUCGCCAAGAUGGGUGGUCAGGAUGUCUCCGCCUCGCAGGGUCCCCGAAAGGUGACGGCAGAUACCACCCAAUGGAUACGGGAAAACCUAUUGUUAUUGGUUACCUUGUCAGGAGUCCUCCUUGGAGUGAUUCUUGGGUUUGGCCUGCGUCCUUUGGGCCUCGGCGAUGAUGCUGUGAUGUUAAUUAGUUAUCCGGGUGAACUGUUUAUGAGGUUACUGAAAUUGAUGAUUUUACCUCUAGUUAUAGCCAGUCUCAUAUCUGGUUCUGCGAGUUUAAAUGCUCGAAUGAAUGGAAUGAUUGCCGUUCGGACACUUGUGUAUUUUAUUCUGACAUCAUUACUGAAUGCAAUUCUUGGUGUCAGCCUUGUGAUUCUCAUUCAUCCUGGCGAUCCUGGUCUUAAGGAAUCGAUUGCACCCUCAACGCAAGCGAGGGCGGUCAACAUUUUGGAUAGUCUUUUGGAUCUUGGAAGAAAUAUGUUUCCCGAGAAUCUCUUUCAAGCAGCCUUUCAACAGGCACAUACAGUAUAUGUUCCAAAGAAACAAUUUUUUCAAAACUACUCGGAACGACUUGAAAGUACUGAAGGGCCUCCGGAUGAGGAAUUGAUGAGGGUUAUCCAAUAUCGAAGUGGUACCAAUACUUUAGGGAUAGUUUUCUUUUGCUUGGUCUUUGGAACUUUCCUUGGCACUUUAGGUGAAAAGGGUCAAGUUGUUAUAGACUUUUUUAAGGCUGUUUUCGAGGUCAUCAUGAGGAUGGUUUCCACCGUCAUGUGGAUGACUCCGAUUGGAAUAACUUCUGUGAUUGCUGGCAAGAUUUUAGGCGUUAAUGACUUGAGUCUAGUGAUGUCUCAAUUGGCUUGGUUCAUUGUGACGAUUGUGAUUGGAGUUUUCUUAUAUCAAUUGGUGUUCAUGCAGUUGAUCUAUUUGGCUAUCGUGAGGAAGAAUCCUUUUAAAUUCUACACAGGCCUCGCGCAGGGUACACUCACCGCUUUCGCCAUGGCAUCAACGGCUGCCGCACUUCCUGUGACGUUUCGACUGAUGACCGAUAAAUUGAGGGUUGACCCAAGGGUCACAAGAUUUGUUCUGCCGAUUGGAUGCAAUAUUAACAUGGAUGGUACUGCCAUGUUUGUGGCUGUUGCAAGCAUCUUUAUUGCUCAGAUGAAUGGCAUUUUUCUUGGAUUUGGUGAAAUUAUCACUGUCAUCUUAACCUCCACUGCAGCAUCGGUAUCUUCUGCUUCUGUACCAAGCGCAGCAUUGGUAUUACUUCUAGUUGUCCUCAGUGCCAUUGAUGCACCAGUACAAGACGUUUCUCUCCUCUUUGCCAUUGAUUGGUUUGUAGAUCGAGUGAGGACUACAAAUAACAUGCUAGGAGACUGUUACGCAGCUGCCGUUGUAGAACAUUUAUCGAAAAAAGAAUUAAUGGCUUUGGACGCCGCAGCAUAUCAAUCUGAGACUAUUCUGCCAACAACUAUUGCCAAUGGAUGCAUCUCAGCUAAUAGGGUACCAGAUCCAGACACAAUUGUGGUUGAAAUGCAAGACGACUCUAGGAUAUCCGGCGUCGCCAAGUAAAAUAUCUUGUUGCAAUAAGAUGGUGUUGCCAAAAUCUGUAACCGAAGAAUCUGUUUGACGGCUGUCGUAAAUAGAUUCGAGAAUAAUCGGUACUGCUAAAUACUGACAAAAAAAAAAAAAAAAAAAAAUGAAACUUGUCUCUCUCUCUUUUUCAAUAAAAGAGAAAAGUAAAUUACUAAUAUAGAAAAACACUGUUCAUUGAUUGUUAAUGCGUUUUUAGGACAACACAGGGGAUCGACUCUUUGAAAAAUGUGACUCACAAUUGAGUCUCUAUAGAGUCCAUAUUAUAAACAAUAUCAAAUAAAUGUCAACUCCAAUGUCCCGAUUAAAAAAAAAAAAUAAUAAUAAAAUAAAAAAAAAAUGAAAAUCGUGACCGAUUCAUAAUGCAAUUGUAUUAAGGCGGCCUUCUUAUGAAAAAGAAGGCAUACAUAUAAGAACUAGAUAAAAAUGAAUUUAAUUUGGGAAAUAAUUUCUUUUAAAUUUCAAUAAUUCAAAUUUUUUUUUUUAUUUUACAAUUAUUUUUCUUUGUUGAACGAUCUAAAUUGUUUUUUAAUUAUACUGAUAUUAAAAAUUGUUUAUGUAAAUUAAAUAAUUGUUUGCUGCUAAAAAUAUGAAAAAAAAGUUCUAAAUUUAUUUUUAUAAAAUUUUAAAUAAUAUUUUAUGCUGAUUAACGAAAAAUAAGUGCGGUUAAAAUACGCAAUUUAAUUAUUUAUUAUUAAAAAAAAACUUGUCUAAUAAAUGCGUAAUUAAAAUUAAACAAUGAUUGGACAAACAAAAACAAUAAUGAAAAAAAAAUAUUAAUAAAAUGACUGAUAUUACAAUGUAAAACAGUAUUGACUUUCACUAUGUUUGCUAAAAUAUUAAUAGAUGUUGUAAUAGAAAUCAUAAAAAUUUACUAACAAAUGCUGAUAAUGAUGAUUAAAUAUAAAAAUAAAUUUGAUGGAACACUGACGAAUGACAAUAAAUUCGCCGUAUAUUUAUCUGUUUGCGAUAAUUUAAAACCUAAAAAGUGCAUUCUUCAUUUAAACGUAUUUGUUAAAAAAUAAUAAUUUACUGUAAAAAAAAAAAAAAAAAAAAAAUACUGACAAUAUAAAUAUUACUAGACACUUUUUUUUACAUCAGUUACUAUAAAGUUUGUAAUGAAUUUAGUAUAUAUAUAUAGUUAAAAUUAAAUGUAUUGAGGCAUUGGGCAGAUUUUUUAAAAUUAUUAAAGAAAAAGAAAUCUUUUAAAGAGGAAAAAAUAAAAAAAAGAAAAAUUUUUAAAUUCUCUUUUGAAAUUCAGAUUUAGAGUAAAUUUUGAAUGUUAACUACAUUAUAGUAAUGUAAAAUAAUGUGAAUUACAUCUAGAAAAUCAUCAAUUUUUUUUUAUAAAGUGUUCAUUAAAUCAAAAAAAAUUUUUAAUUUAUUAUUAAAAAUUAUAGAAAAUUAAUAAUUUUGUUUUUUUUUUUUUUUGGCUGAACGUAAUUUUUUUUUCCUAAAAGAAAAUAAAAUACUUUUUCAUUAUUAAAAAUAUUAAAAAAAAUGAAUCUUCCCAAAAUUCUUCUUUUUAUCUAAUUCCUAUGUGUAUGAAAAAAAGCUUUAAUCCUUGCUUUGCAAAAAAAAAAAAAAAAAAAAAAAAAAAAAAAAAAAUCAUCAGAUCUUCACCAGUCAAUUUCAAUAGGAAAUGCAUACUUAUAUCAAAUUUAUCGUGAAAAAAAAAUAAUUAUACUCAAUGCUUCAUUGAAAUGAUCAAAUAUCAUUUGUGCUCAUUAAAUGAAGUUAGAAAAUAAGACUUAAAUACUAAGGAUACAGAUUCGUCUCAAAGUGAUUGUUAAGAAAAAAAAUAAAGAAAAAAGGACUUGCAAAUUAACAUUUUAAUUAUAUAUCAUUAUUAUUAAUUUACAUAUUAUAUUAUUAUAUAAUAUAAUAUAAUUAAUUAUUAUAUAAUAAAAAAUUCUUAUUUAAUUAAUUAUCGUAAUAUUAUACUUAAUUUUAAUUGAAUAAAUAAAAUUCAAAAUUUCUCUUCAAUUUUUGAAAACAUUUUUUGGGGGUUGAGAAAUUCAUUUUUAAAGGAGAAAACUUUUUUUUUGAUAUAAUAAAGUCAUUUUGUAUAAGUAGUUGAUGAUAAUUUGCAACAAAAAAUGAAAAGUAUUAGAAAUUUUUGACAAAGUCUAUAAAAAUACGUGUCGUAAAUUAUUUAUCUGAAACUGAAAUUAUUUCUUUUUUGAGACAAAUGAAAUUAAGAAUUUUUUUAAAUUUAUUCUUUUUCUCAAUAUAAAAAGAAAAUUUUGUUUCACUGUGGCACAAUUUCAUAUCCACUAGAUCAAAUUUAAUUAAACUGGAAUUCAGAAUAUGUUGCUAAUAUUUAUUCUCAUGAAAUGUCAGUUUUAAUUCAUUUUAUUGAUUAAUUAUUUAUUAAUUAACUAAUUUAUAAAAAAAAUCUAAUUGAAAUUUUUUUUAGUAAAUUUUUUUAUCCGUACUUACAAAAACACAUUCUGUUAAAUAUUAUUAUUAUUAUUAUUAUUAUUAUUAUUAUUAUUAUUUUUAUUAUUAUUAUUAUUAUUAUUAUUAUUAUUAUUAUCAUUAUUUGAGAGUAUGUGCAAACUGCAAAAUAAAAAUUCCGAUUUUUCAUGAGAAUAAUAUUAAUAUCUCAAAAAUGAUAUUAUUAAUAAAAAUGUAAGAACAUGAUAAAUAUUUGUUGUUCUUGUAAAAAAAAGAAGAAAAAGAAACUUCACUCUAACAAUAUACUGAGUCGAAUUGUUGUGCCUUAUUUUCAAAGUAUCAAGUUAAGGUGCGAUGAAAGUAAAUGAUUUCGGUUUAAUCAUUCGUUCAUUUAGUGCUUUAGAGUCGCAUUAAAAAAAAAAAAAGAAAAGAAAAAAAACAAUGUCGAUUUUUAGAUAAAUUACACGUUGGCGUUAAUGUUGUUACCCUCGCCCCCGCAACACAAAAAAAUCAAAAAAAAAAAAAAAAAAUGUAGUUCAACGAAGAAAUUCGUCUUAGAAUAUAAAUACAUAAUUUGUAGUUGAAAAAUUGCAGCAAUUAUUGUGUAAAGAAAGAAGGUGCGGCACGUUGAAAGUCGACACGGGACUGGCAUUCAAUUGGGUCCAAGGGAAAGAAAAAGAAAUUUUCAAAAAAAAAAAAAAACAAACAAAAAAAAUUACUAUUAUAACAACGAUUUAUCUCAAUCUGACGUUGAAGUAAAAAUAAAAAAAAAAUUUUUUUUCAAUUGUGAUAAAUAUCAAGAUUUUCUUUUCAAUUCACAUAUUGUUUAUUUUUGAUUAAUUGCUUCGUUAAUUAAUUAAAAUUCUUAUUAAUUAUUACAAUGAUUAAUUAAUAAUAAUUAAAAUACAAGGUUAUAAAAUUAUUUAAAAAAAAAAUUUCUUUUCUUUACUUAAAAAUAAAUGAAAUUUUAAGAACAAAAAAAAAAAAAGACAGUAUUAUAAAAUUAAAAUAUAUAAGUUUUAAAAAAAACCGAUGACUAAGGGGUGUGUAAUUUUUAUUUAUAGAAAGUUUAAAACUAUUUUUGAAAGUGAUAAAAUUUUUCAUUAUCAUAGUAAUAAAAAUCUUUCAAGAAAAAAAAAAGAAGAAAGAAAAAUGAGAAAAGAAUACAUAUUAAGGUGAGAAAAAAUAGAGAGAGAGAAAGAAAAAGAAUGUAUGUAUAUGCGUCCAAUGAAGUUGUCCUGGCGCACCUUUUAUAAUUGCACGGUAGAUUUAAUUCCAUUUUGACGUUUUCAUAUUUAGCAAUUAGCAAAAAUAUCUAUUUUGUAAACCCAAAAAAAAAAGAAAA